AUGGGUUCUCAUGGUAAGAGUAAGAACAGACGAAUAAGAGACGAAUCCGAUGAUUCCUCCUUGGAAGAAAUAAAGGAGUACAUGGCCAAAAGAGCUCUGAAGAAGGCAGUAAGAGCAUCAAAGAAACUUAAGACGUGGUCAGUGUCAGGUUAUUCCAAUGAUUCAAACCCUUCUGGUGAUUCGAAUCUCACCGAGACAUUCGUGUGGCGGAAGAAGAUUGAAAAAGAUGUUUACCAUGGAGCAUCUCCGGAUGAAUUCUCUGUUAAAGCUGAGAGGAGAAGACGUAGGGGGAAUCUGGCAGAGGACGAAAAGGUUAAGAAUAGGAGAGAAGAGAGUGCAGUGGAGAAAGCUCGACAUGAGGAAGAUAUGGUAUUAUUGGCUAGAGAACGUGCUCGAGCUGAGUUUCAAGAUUGGAAGAAGAAAGAGGAAAAGUUCAAUUUCUAUCAGAGCAAGGUGAGGCCAGCGACUAGAUUAGAUCAAGGUCGAGCGAAGCCAAUCGACGUCCUCUACAAGUACGUGGAUGAUUCAGAUGAUGUGAAUAUCGAGCUUAGUGAACCUUACAUGGUUUUCAAGGGACUUGAUAUUAAAGAUAUGGAAGAGCUUCGUGAUGAUAUCAAAAUGUAUCUGGAUUGGGAUCGAAAAACUCCAACACGGGUACAGUAUUGGGAGGCUCUUAGCGUGAUAUGCGACUGGGAGUUAGCUGAAGCUCCUGAUGUGAGAGAACUUCUCGAUGGGAAGACUCACGCGGAGCUUGUACAACUGCAGUUUGACAUUGAAUCACAGCUGCGUUGUGGAGCAGCCAAAGUAGUAGAGUAUUGGGAAGCGGUUCUUGAACGUAUCAGUAUAUACAAGGCAAAGGCUUGCUUGAAGGAAAUAAACGCUGAGAUACUCAGGAAACAUAAACAUCGCCUCGAGAAACUUUCAGAUGUGGUGGAAGAAAAUGAGGAGGAGGUCAACGGCAUGAAUCUUUCAGAUGAUGAAGAAACAUCCUCACUAGAAGAGGCUGGUUCAUUUUCACCAGAGCUCAUUCACGGUGAUGAUAGUGAUCAAGAAGCAAUCGAUCCUGAUGAAGACAAAACCCUACUAGAAAGGGAACGGAUGGUUGUGUUGGAGGAACAGAGGAAGCGGCUUAGAGAAGCAAUGGACUCAAAUUCAUCACAAGUGGAAGAUAACUUGGAGCUUAAGGCAAUGAAAAGAAUGGGAGCAACGGAGGAAGGUGAUGUUGUAUUUGGCUCUAAUGCUGAAGUGAACCUUGAUUCCAAGGUAUACAAGUGGGAUGACAAGUACCGGCCAAGAAAACCCAAGUAUUUUAACCGAGUUCACACGGGUUACGAGUGGAAUAAGUAUAACCAAACACACUAUGAUCACAACCCGCCUCCAAAAUUUGUUCAAGGGUACAAGUUUAACAUCUUCUACCCGGAAUUAGUAGACAAGACUAAGGUUCCCACUUGUGUUAUAGAAAAAGAUGGGACAAGCUCUGAAACUUGUAUAAUCCGGUUCGAAGCUGGUUCGCCUUAUGAAGACAUUGCGUUCCGGGUCGUGAAUAAAGAAUGGGAUAAAUCUCACAAGAAAGGCUACAAAAACACGUUCGAGAAUGGGAUUCUGCAUUUGUACUUCAACUUUAAACGACAUCGGUACAGGCGUUAA